AUGGUCAAGAAGAGAAAGAACAACGGACGCAACAAGAAGGGCCGCGGCCACGUCAAGCCCAUCCGCUGCAGCAACUGCUCGCGAUGCACGCCCAAGGACAAGGCGAUCAAGCGCUUCACCAUCCGCAACAUGGUCGAGUCUGCUGCCAUCCGUGAUAUCUCGGACGCCUCCGUCUUCGCGGAGUACACCGUGCCCAAGAUGUACCUGAAGCUGCAGUACUGUGUCUCUUGCGCCAUUCACGGCAAGAUUGUCCGUGUUCGUUCCGUCGAGGGCCGCCGCAACCGCGCUCCCCCUCCCCGUGUCCGCUACAACAAGGACGGCAAGAAGAUCGUUCCCAACACCCCCAAGACCACCACCGCUUAA